GCAUUACAAACAAGGAGAAAUCAGCCAGGAUGAAAUACAUGGAACUCUGUUCGAUAUUCUUGUUGCUGGUAUCAUAACAACAUCAUCAACUUUAAAAUCUUUUCUGAUGAUUCUCGUCAACCAUCCUGAUGUCCAGAAAAAUAUACAAGCUGAAAUUGAUGAUGUCAUUGGUGAUGGUCGCCUACCAACUUUUGCGGAUAGGCAUAACAUGCACUAUACAGAAGCUGCCAUUUUAGAAAUUCUACGCUACUCUACGACUACUACAUUGUCAAUCGCACAUAAAACCCUUUGUGAUACUAGCGUGGGGGGCUACAAAGUUCCAUAUGGCACACAGGUUUGGAUGAACAUCUGGGCAUUACAUCAUGAUGAGAAGUACUUUGAUGAGCCAUAUGAGUUCAAAGUGGAAAGAUUCUUAGAUGAAGAAGGUAACUUGCUUCCAGGAAAUGAGAGAAAAUCAUUUCUACCAUUUGGAGUUGGUAAGCGAGAGUGUUUAGGAGAAGCAAUGGCCAAAGUGAGAAUGUUCCUGUUUGUCACUAGUCUACUACAAAAACUGGAGAUUUUCCCUGAAGAUAAAAACAACCCACCAGAUCCUGACCCAACCAAAUUCACCUACGGAAUCUCAAUUCAACCUGGCCCAUUCAACAUUAU